UUAUUUAUCAAAGACCUAACCAAUGACUUGUCGGUCAAGCAAAAAGGAAAAACGCAAGAAAAAGGGAAUCACAAAGACGGCUAUAAAAGAAGGACCUGAUCAACACACACACACAAUUCAUUAACGAACAAGAAGAGCUAUUAGAAGAGGAGAAUCAGAGAUUUUGUUUUUUUAGAAGCGUGCGUUUGGUAAGCCCUUUGAUUUCUCUUGACUAUAAGACAUGGCAGAACUUGAAGAUUCUUUCCUCGCAGAGAUUGACGAGUUAUCCGACUAUGAAGAAGCAGGAUUCGAAGAGAACGCUGGAAGCUAUGGAGGAGAUAUCGCCAUGGACAUGUCAGACUUGGAAACCCUAAAGUCUGACGAUGAUCUCGACAGCGUCUCUAAGCUACAGAAAACUCAAAGAUACGCUGAUAUAAUGAACAAGGUGGAAGACGCUCUCGGCAAGGAUUCGUAUGGAGCUUUGUCAGAAGACGAUCCUCUAUACAAACUAAUCGUGGACUGCAACAAGCUCUCAGUCGAUAUCGAGAACGAGAUCGUCACCGUCCACGGCUUUAUCCGUUCCAAGUACAGGCUUAGGUUUCCAGAGCUCGAGUCGUUUGUGCAUCACGCAAUCGAGUACGCUAGCGUCGUGAAACAAAUCGGAGACGCUAAGGACCUAACCCUAGUCCCUCUCGAAGGUCUCUCAGCAAGUACCAUCGAGUACGCUAGCGUCGUGAAACAAAUCGGAGAUACUAAGGAUCUAAUAACCCAAGUCCCUCUCAAAGGUCUCUCAGCGCGUACAACUGUCUCUAUUUUACUCACUGCUUCGACCACAAAGGGGAAGCCUCUGCCUUCAGAUGUCUUGCAAAAGACGUUAGAGGCGUGUGAUCGAGCUAUUGAGCUUGACUCCGCGCUGAAGAAGAUUCUUGCCUUCGUUGAAACCAAGAUGGGAUGCAUCGCACCGAAUCUCUCAGCCGUUGUGGGGAGUGCUGUUGCAGCCAAGCUCAUGGCUACUGCUGGAGGCUUGUCAGGGCUUGCUAAGAUGCCUUCAUGUAACGUUCAAGUUCUUGGUCAGAAGAGGAAGAAUCUUGACGGUUUCUCUGCUGUAACCACACAGUCUCGUGUGGGUUACCUGGAGCAUACUGAGAUUUUCCAAAACACUCCUCCUGGACUUAGGAGCCGAGCUAUCAAACUCUUGGCUGGAAAGUCUACUUUGGCAGCUAGGGUUGACGCUUGUAGAGGAGACCCGUCGGGGACUAAUGGUAGGUCUCUGAGGGAAGAGAUUCAGAAGAAGAUUGACAAGUUGCAAGAGCCUGGUGUCGCAAGGCAGCCUAAGCCGCUUCCUGUUCCAGAUAUGACUUCUAAGAAGAAGAGAGGUGGUCGGAGGCUAAGAAAGAUGAAGGAAAGGUACGCGGUGACGGAGAUGAGGAAGCUUUCCAACAGGGUGGCGUUUGGUGUAGCAUGUGAAGAGAGCUCGCUUGGUGAUGGGUUAGGUGAAGGGUAUGGGAUGCUUGGUCAGGGUGGGAGCAAGAGGCUGCGAGUUUCCAGUGUUCCGAGCAAGCUGAAACUUGGUGCUAAGCUGGAAAAGAAGCUUAAAGAAAGACAGUAUACAAGUGGUGUUGCUACUACAGGCACUUCUGGUUUCAUGACAUCAAGACUUGCUUUCACUCCUGUGCAGGGAAUAGAGCUGUGCAAUCCUGGGGCUGUGAAAUUAGGUAGUGGGACUCAGAGCACUUACUUCUCAGAGUCAGGAACCUUCUCCAAGAUCAAGAAGAUAUAAUAACCUUUUUAUUAUUCUGGUUUGUUUGCUAGUUUCUGAGUGGUGUGUUUAAUGUUUGAGAUGAUUUAAACUUAAUUGGAGUCUGUUAAGAUGAUUGAUAUUUUUUUUAAGAACCUUAGCAAAACAGGAAGUUUCAUCUUGUGUCUAUUCAAUACUUUUGUUUCUAGCUCAAUAUACCAAACAAAAUUGUAAUAGAAGUAUAUAUGCUUCAUGUCUGAAUGUGGCUUUUCAGAGGCAAUGGGAUCUUUUAAGACAUUAGGGACCAUCCCUUGCAAUGAAAGAUUAAUACCAAUGCUCCUUCAACACAUUCUUAGAUUGUGAGAGGGAUUCAAGAGUUACCUUACGAGAUAUCAAAGUUAUAGAGAGACGCUUGACUGCUCAUAAGAUUCAGCUUCUUAAUGCAAUUUGAGAAAAGGAUCUUAAUUAACAAAGACCAUUGGCUUAUCAGUUUGUUAAAGUGGAGAUAAAUAGUGGUGCUGCAACUUCUUUUUGGUUAGAUAACUGGUCUCCUUUGGGAAAACUAAUUGAUCUAACAGGAGAAGGUGGAUGCUUAGCUCUGGGUAUUUCGCUGCACACUGCAAUGGAGAGAGCAAUUCAGAUGUAUAGGAGCAGAAUGCAUAGAGUUCAUGUAUUUCGUCAGAUUGAGCAAGAAGUAUUGAAGUUGAAAAGUAGUGGUAUGAAUAUGAUGGAGGAUGUGUGUCUAUGGAAGAGGGAAAAUGGGGAUUUCAAGCCGGGGUUUGUCACCUCUCAAACUUGGAAUCUCAUUAGAUCUCGUUCAUCUAAAGUGUAGUGGAGCAAAGGCAUUUGGUAUCCAGAGCCCACUCCGAGGUUCGCCAUUCUUUCUUGGCUCGCUGUUCGUAAUAGACUAGCGACGGGAGACAGGAUUCUCAGUUGGAAUCCAUUAGCCAUCUCUACUUGUUGGCUUUGUAAGCAGGAGCAGUAAACGAGAGAUCACUUGUUUUUUGAAUGCAUUUACUCAAAAGAAGUGUGGAGUAGGACUAUUGGAAAACUGGCGGAUAAUGGUUGCAUUUAUCAAUGGGAUCGAGUGUUGCAAGUAGUGGUGAAUGGAAUGCAAGAGAGACAUUCGACUUUUCUGUUGAGAUAUUGUUUUCAAGCGGUAAUACAUGCAUUAUGGAUGGAGAGGAACGUCAGAAGAGUUGGGGAACCAGAGCAGUCAGCUAGUUGCCUUAUUGCUAGAAUGGAUAAGCCGGUGAGAAAUAGAAUAACAAAAGAAUGGAGCUAAGUAUGAAAA